ACAAAAAGCACAAAGACAGGAGACACACACACACACACAAUCCUAAAAAAUACAAAUGCAAAACUCCUCACACAAUAUUAGCAUAUUUCAGUAUGUAAGAGGUCUGAAUUUUUGAGGAUACAAUGUUUGUCGCUCUUUUCCUCUUCCCCAUGACCUAGCAGCUUUCUGGUCAGAUCCCACUGAUGUCUUGCGUGACUAAACCAUCGUAGGUCAUUCCAUCCCAUUCCAUCCCCAGUAGUCAGAGCGACUUGUUCAAGGAGCCCAAGGCAAUCAGCAUAUACGGUAUUAUUGCCGGCUAGAGGUGCUCUAACCAGCAAGAGGUUCAAUCCUUUCGCUGGCCAAUUGUUAAACACCACUCCAAUGUACCCCUUUGCCUUGCGAGGCAUUCCUUUCACUGGAGCGUGGUGUUAUUCGUCGGUUCUCCUUGGUCCAUGGUUUGCUCCUUGGUAGCGCCAACAGCGGACACCUAAACAGGUGUUGGAGCGCGGGAAAGACCACACGCUCUCCCUAGAGCCGCGGGACCGGGAGGCGGUCCGGAGGCGGAGCCUCGGCCGCACCAAGUCCUGCGUGCGGCUCUGCGCCGCCUCUCGCCGGGCCGCCGCUCUCCGCGCAGGGAACCGGGUCAGGCCGCGCCGCCCAUGGUGCUGCUCGAGAGAGCCAUGGCCACUUUCCGCUUGGCCCUCAUCCAACUUCAGGUUUCUUCCGUCAAAUCAGAUAACCUCACUCGAGCUUGUGGCCUCGUGCGGGAGGCAGCAACACAAGGAGCCAAAAUAGUUUCUCUGCCAGAAUGCUUUAAUUGUCCAUAUGGCACGAAAUAUUUUCCCCAAUAUGCUGAGAAAAUUCCUGGUGAAUCUACACAGAAGCUUUCUGAAGUAGCAAAGGAGUGCAGCAUAUAUCUCAUUGGAGGUUCUGUUCCUGAAGAGGAUGCUGGGAAAUUCUAUAACACCUGUGCUGUGUUUGGGCCUGAUGGAACUUUACUGAUAAAGUACAGAAAGCUCCAUCUGUUUGAUAUUGACAUUCCGGGGAAAAUUACAUUUCACGAAUCUGAAACGUUGAGUUCCGGUGAUGGUUUCUCCACAUUUGAUACUCCUUACUGCAGAGUGGGCCUGGGCAUUUGCUACGACAUCCGCUUCGCAGAGCUCGCACAAAUCUAUGCGCAGAGAGGCUGCCAGCUGUUGGUAUAUCCUGGAGCUUUUAAUUUGACCACUGGACCAGCCCACUGGGAGUUGCUUCAACGAGGCCGGGCUGUUGAUAAUCAGGUAUAUGUGGCCACGGCAUCUCCUGCCCGGGAUGAUCAGGCCUCCUAUGUUGCCUGGGGACACAGCACUGUUGUGGGUCCUUGGGGAGAUGUCCUUGCCAAGGCUGGCACUGAAGAGACCAUCGUGUAUUCAGACAUAGACCUGAAGAGGUUGGCUGAAAUACGCCAGCAAAUCCCCAUUUUUAGCCAGAAGCGAUCAGACCUUUAUGCAGUGGAGGCGAAAAAGCCCUAAGGUUUAUGCUUCUAACAUGUCAUGAAAAACAGGAUGAUGUUUCUGCAAUGUAAUCAACUCCCUGUUGAAUUCUUUAAGGAGAUUUUUUUUUUUUUUCUAAUUUCAGACUUUUCCUUUCUUGGGAACUCUCUAUUGAGAUGAUGGAGCAUCAGCACAUGAUAUUUUUCACACCAUAUUAGAUAGUUAAAAAGGGCUCAGGCUAGCCUUGCGAGCAGAAGGAAAAGGAGAUGGCUAUAACUCCCAUACUAAGUUGCUUCAUAGCAGUUGGUGAAAGUAUCAGAUCUUGGUAUCCUGGUGGUUGCUUCACCUGGUACUGAUAGAUUUAUGUCACAUACCGCUUAUCUCACUGCUGGGGUUGGAAUCCAUUACGUAGAAAAUUUGGUCUGGUGCCACUCUCUUUUGAGUAGGACGUUGAAGUUUAUAUUUUUAGUCUGUGAGUAGCAAUGGAAAGCAAGGUUAUGGACCCUUGGUGUUUGCUAGAGGAGAUGGCAGCCCCAUCCCUUCCCGGCAGCCUUGGGGCUCUUCAAAUUCAAGAAGGAGCCAAUGAAUCAACCCCAGACCCUCCUGGUCUUAGAGAAAAGGCAGUAUCAACAGGGAGUCCUGUGGAAGAAUGGCAGCAGUGGCAUUUGGUCAAGGCAACUAAAGUAUGAGUCUCUGUAAAAGAUUUUCCUGAUGGGGUGAGUGUCUGAAAAUAUCUUUGUCUUUUUGCUUUUCUCCCUAGUAACACUUUCUAGCUUGAUGAAGGCAAGCUAGUGGUUUUAGCCUAGUGGUUUUCAGAAUCCUUUUGCACAAUUAAAAAUUAACGAUUCCAAUGAA